CCGGAGACUAGACUUGCAAUGCCAUGUUUGUGUAUGUGCUCUAACUCCCGGAGAGCAAUCAGGGAGACGGCUCCCCGGCCGGACUUGGCUGAUGUUUUCUUGUUUCUGUUUCAGCCUUCAGGAUAAUUCCUUCAGCAGCACCGCUGUAACAGAGUGUGACGAAGACGUAGUCUCUGUACAUGAAGACCAGACUGAUUGCUCCAGUCUCAGAGAUGAAGACAAUAAAGAAAAUUACCCUGACACUGGGGCUCUCCUAGAGGAGCCCGCACCUCCUUCGCGCGAGCCGCAGCAUGUAGAGCCUUCUGUGCUGGUGGACGGUGUGCUGCGACCCAGCAUGGGCAACUUCAAGUCUCGGAAGCCCAAGUCCAUCUUCAAGGCAGAGAAUGGGAGGAGCCACGGAGAAAGUCAGGAGACAGAACAUGCGGUGCCCAGCCAGUCGGAGUGUCGGGGGAGAGCAGGAACGCCAGCUCACGAGAGUCCACAGAACCACACUUUCAGGUGCCAAGAAACAGUGCGGCUUCAACCAAGAAUAGACCAGAGGACUGCCGUUUGUCCAAAGGAUGCUUUUGAAACUCGGCAGGACCUCAAUGAGGAAGAAGCUGCUCAGGUGCAUGGAGUCAAGGACCCAGCCCCUGCGUCCACCCAAAGUGUGCCUGCUGAAGGGGCAGAUGCUCCAGAUCCUGCGCCAGUCCACAAAGAUGGGCAGAAUGAAGCAGACAGCACACCAGAAGACCUCCAGUCUGUGGGGACCAGCAGGCUGCUCUAUCACAUCACUGAUGGUGACAACCCGCUCCUGUCACCGCGAUGCUCCAUCUUCAGCCAAAGUCAGAGAUUCAACUUAGACCCUGAAUCAGCCCCUUCUCCCCCCAGCACUCAGCAGUUUAUGAUGCCCCGAAGUUCUUCACGGUGCAGCUGUGGUGAUGGCAAGGAGCCACAGACUAUUAUCCAACUCACCAAGCAUAUCCAGAGCCUCAAGCGGAAAAUUCGGAAAUUUGAAGAAAAAUUUGAACAAGAAAAGAAAUACAGGCCUUCACAUGGUGACAAGACUUCUAAUCCUGAAGUCCUGAAAUGGAUGAAUGAUUUGGCUAAAGGUCGUAAACAGCUCAAAGAACUGAAGCUGAAGCUGUCAGAAGAACAAGGGAGUGCUUCUAAAGGCCCACCUAGAAACCUGUCCUGUGAGCAACCCACAGUCCCCAGAGAGAAUGGGAAGCCAGAAGCUAUGGGCCCUGAGCCAAGCUCCUCUGGAGAGGAGACUCCUGAUGCUGUAUUGACAUGCCUGAAACAGAAGAGAGAGCAGCUUCCCUCUCAAGAGGAUUCUAAGGUAACUAAGCAAGACAAGAAUCUCAUAAAGCCUCUUUAUGACCGAUACAGAAUUAUCAAGCAAAUCUUGUCAACGCCCUCCCUUAUUCCAACAAUUCAGGAGGAAGAGGACUCUGAUGAAGACUGUCCACAGGGAAGCCAACAACCUUCUUUGCCAGAUCCAGCAUCUCACCUUUCCGUUGGCAACCACCUCACCUACUCUGAGACUGAGGCUGUUAGAGUCCUGCUACCAGAUGAAAAGAAAGAAAUCAAACAACCCGCCCUCUCCAUGUCCAAUUUACAUGAGGCCACGAUGCCUGUACUUCUUGACCAUCUUCGAGAAACUAGGGCUGAUAAGAAGAGACUUCGGAAAGCCUUAAGAGAAUUUGAAGAACAGUUUUUUAAACAAACAGGAAGAAGUCCACAAAAGGAAGAUAGGAUACCAAUGGCAGAUGAGUACUAUGAAUACAAGCACAUAAAAGCCAAACUGAGACUAUUAGAGGUUCUCAUAAGCAAGCAAGAUGUGGCCAAAACGAUUUGAAGUUUAGG